AUGGCUGAUGCGCUUCAACUGGAUGCUCCAGACCUCCUGCCAGGAGCUACACGUGACCUGGCCGUCUUUUCAUCCUCGCUCAGCUAUGACAAAAUACCCGCUGACGUGGUCAGUAAGGUCAAGGAACUCAUCAUAGACAAUCUGGGCGUCAUUGUCUUUGGCAACCAAACACAAUGGGCUCAGAUGGUGGCAGAAAUGGCUGUCGAAGCAGGGGCUAGGCCGUGUUCCACCAUCAUGGGUCGCAACAUCAAGACGUCCGCUGCUCUGGCCGCCCUGGCAAAUUCUACUGGGGGCCAUGGCUUCGAGUACGACGAGAUCCACAGCGACGGUGGACAUCAUCCCGGCUCCAUCAUCCUUCCGGUUGCCCUGGCCCUUGCUGAAUCCGAAGGUGGCUGUAGCGGGCGCGACCUCAUCACCGCAACUGUUGCCGCAUACGAAGUUGGGCUGAGGGUCGGCAUGGCAGCGAGCUCGGGACUCUUUUAUCGUGGUCACCACCCUCAGGGCAGCACCGGAGUCUUCACCGCCGCCACCGCAGCGGCUCGGAUCCUUGGGCUGGACGCUGAAAAGACCCAACACGCAUUGGGGACAGCCGGCACGAGCGCGGCAGGGCUGAUGUCUGCGCAAGAAGGUGCAAUGGUCAAAAGGAUGAACUCGGGUCUGGCAGCCCAGAAUGGCGUGUACGGGGCUCUCCUGGCCCGGAAGGGCUUCACCGGUAUCCAUAAUGUGCUCGAAGCUUCGUUCGGCGGGUUUCUGAGCACCUUUAGCAGCAAUCCCAUUCCCAAUCGGCUUCUUGAAGGCCUUGGAACCACAUGGGAAACUCUCAAGGUUGGCUACAAACCUUUCCCAACCGUGGCAAGCAUCCACACCGCACUUGACGGUCUGCGUGCCAUCAUGAAUGAGAAUCACCUUACCGCCGAGGACAUUGACAAGGUCAGUAUCGGUUGCACCAAAGUCACCUCCCACCACUGCGCCUGGAAAUAUAAGCCCGACGGCGUCACCGCCGCCCAGAUGAACCUGUUUUAUGGUCUGGCCGUGAUCGCGCUCGAUGGCGAUGCUGGGUUCAACCAAUUCAACGAGCAACGCUUGCGGGAUGCCAAAGUGCUCGAAUUGAUUUCUCGGAUGGACGCCCACAUUGACCCAGAGAUCGAGAAGAUGGGCCGUGCAUUUCGCCACGCAAGUUCGAUCUCUGUCACGACAAGAGACGGUCGGUCAUUCAACAGGCUGGAACUGUACCGACGCGGCUCGGCAGAGAAUCCGCCACGUCCAGGAGACAUCGAGAGCAAGUUCCGCACGUUGGCAGGGAAAGCGUUGAGUGAGGCUAGCGUGCAAAGGUUGUGGCUGUUUGUGCAGGACCUGGAAAACAAGGACUCGCUGGAAGACCUUUUCGAGAUCUUGGGCACAACUGCCUAA